UCUCUCUAAAAUCACAAAUUACAAAAUCUCCUUCCAUUCUCUCUCUAAAACCAUCAUGUCCUCCACUGCGCCUCCUGUCCUCCCCAUCUCCAACCCCCAAACCACCGCAAGAACCACCAGUGCAGGCGGCGGCGCCAUCAAGGCUCCGGCGAACAACCUGACCUUCUGUGCCUUCAUCAACAACCUUUCCACCUCCCUCCACCACGGCCUCGACCAAUGUCGCCACUGGUCGGAGCUCGCGGACCGCUCCACGUUCUCGAAACCCGAGUCCUCCAAAGCCACCCUUCGUGUCCGCAAAAACUUCUCCUACUUUCACACCAACUACUACGUUGUCGUUUCACUCAUCCUCGCAGUCUCUCUCCUAACUCCCAUUUGUCCAACACUCACUAAUCAUUUCUCUCUCAUCCUCCACAUUGGCCUCCUCGCCUCUUGGACCUUCCUCUACCUCUUCCGUCCCUCAGAUCAACCUCUCGUCAUUCUCAGCCGAACAUUCUCUGACUUCGAAACCCUAGCCCUCCUCUCCACCUUCACCGUCUUCGUUUUUUUCCUCACCAGCGUCAGAUCUGUCCUCAUUUUGAUUCUCAUGCUCGACGCCGCUGUCAUUUUCCUCCACAACGCGUUCUGCAUGUCGGAGGAUCUGUUCCUCGACGAUCAGGAGAAUUCUCAGGCUAUCGGAUUCCUCUCCUUCCUCCACCGCUGCCGUCACCGCCGUCACCGCCGCCACCAUUCCCACCAUUGA